AUGGCACCGUACGGAAUGGAAGAGUUCGUCUCAGAUAUAGGGGGCGAGAAAGAGAGGGGGAAGAGAAAGAGGGAGAAAGAUGGCAAGACGGAACAGCUGGUGACCCUGUGGGUGCUGUUCGCGUUUAUCGUGGUUGGGAACAGCCUGGUGCUGCUCAUCAUGUGGCUGGAGAGGAACAAGACAAGCAGGAUGAACUUCUUCAUACUCAAUCUGGCCGUAGCAGAUCUGAGUGCUGGCCUCUUUAACGUUCUACCUGACAUAGUUCAUAGAUUCGUCGUCGAGUGGAUAGCUGGAAAUACUCUGUGCAAACUUGUGAAAUACACACAGGCGGUGCUUCUGUAUGCCUCAACAUAUGUUCUGGUUGCCAUGAGCAUUGACCGGUAUGACGCUAUUGUACAUCCUCUUCAGUUCGUCCGAGAGCACAAGUCUAAGGUGAUGAUCAGCGUGGCGUGGGGCCUGGCUCUUCUGUUCUCCGUACCGAGCCCGGUGAUUUUCGCUGUGCGGCGCCAGCCUAACGGGGAGUGGCAGUGCUGGGCGGAAUGGCCCGAGGACUGGUACUGGGUGCCCUACAUGACAGUGGUGGCAGCGUUCGUGUUCUUCAUUCCCCUGGGAAUAAUAAGUAUCUGCUACAUCGCCAUCAUCGUGAAGAUUUGGAAGAGAGGAAAAGGCAUGGCAUAUGAGGACCACAUUCCCCGCAGCCGCGCUUCGAGUGAACAGGACUCUAACUGGCUGCACACCUCUAACCUUGACGUUCGUGACCCCCUGAAGAAAACAAAAUGGUCGCCUGACACCCAGCGGCGCUGUAGUAAUAACGGCUUCACUAGUAGAGCCAAGGCCAGGACGAUCAAGCUUUCUGUCGCCAUCAUUUUAGCAUUCAUCUGUUGCUGGAGCCCCUACUUCCUGUUUGACAUACUGGAUAACUAUGACGCACUUCCGGACACCCAGGCUAAGAAGGAAGCCUCCCUCAUCAUCCAGAACCUACCGGCUCUCAACAGCGCCAUCAACCCCAUCAUCUACGGAUUCUUCAGCACAAAACUCUACAGAAAGUUGCGUAAAAUCGCAAUCAUCAACUGGAUCGCCGUGCACAUAUUCCGUCUUCCUGAGACCCAUGGCGAACAGCCUAGAGGCAGCAGGAGACCGGGCAGUAUGGGGGCCCAUCUGGAGAGAACAACCCCCAUGCCCGAUGCGUCUACAGACUUGUCCUCGGCCUUUUCUUCCCGAAAGAUCUCUAAAAAUACGGAUCUAAAUAGUUGCAUCUAUCUCAAUCCACGACCUGGGAACGCCGGUCUGAGACCAACUGCUAUCAGAUCGGCGACACUUUUGCAACCACCUGACGUUGAUGACGUCGCCGCCCUCCGCCGCGCUCCUCCAAUCACGCUUCGUGUCAUAACGGAACAGACUGGGUUUGAAAGACGGCGGUCCAAUCAGGAAGCCGGUAUGCCACAGAACGUGUUUGAUGCGGUGACGCCGCAGGCUUUGCUCCGGCGCUGUCUUUCUGCAGCCGAAAUAACGACCGCUGUUUGAAACCAGCUCUAUAUAUACUUUGAUCUUCUAAGAGGUCCUACUGGCAGGAACUGUAGGAUCUCCUUAUUUUAUGGGAAGAUGCUUUAAGCAUAAAGAUGCUCAAAGAUGUAGGGGCAGAUUUCUAUCAAGACAAACGAUGAAUUCUACGCAGGACUGCGCUUAUGUUUGUGGGUUUUUUUCUUCCUUUUUCUUCCUUUGCUAAAUAUAUUGGCCACGAAACAUCUUGAAUAGGUUAAGUUCAGUUAUGUACAAGAUUUUCGUUUACCGGGAUAUUCAAACAAUGUUGAAUACGCAUGAUUUAGAGUAUGCAUCUAAAUUUUCUUUCUAUAUUCCUUUGGCGAAACAUUAAGACAACGAAACGUAUGUGAGUUGCAAAGUUGUGUGGAUUUAUGCUAUAGCAAGUAUAUCGUUUGAAAUUCAUGGACGCCCUUCCUAUGUAUAUG